AUGGAUUCUCUUCCGUCGGUAUCUCCCUCCGUGGCUCUCCCUCCAAGCAAUCCCUUCCGUCGCCAUACCCGCCGUCUUUCUCUCUUAUCUACCCAUCUUCCUCCCAGACUCUUCUCUACACCUCGCGGCCGAACGACGAGAAACGAGGUGUCGUGCAACGUUGGCGGCGGAGGAACUGCAGGAGGAGACGACGGUGGAGACGAGGAGGUGGAGAAAGCGCUCCAUAUGGACGGAAAAAUUCCUGGAAGCUCCGACGAGUUUCUGAAACGUGUUUCCUCCCGCGCUUAUGAUAUGCGCAGGAACCUCCAUCAGUCUAUUGAUUCUAGCAGCUAUGACGUUUUAGACGACAACCCUUGGAGAGAAACUUCAAAGCCUGUGUAUGUACUCACCCAAAAGGAAAACCAAUUGUGCACGAUGAAAACCCGGAGAAAUAUUAGCGAAGUUGAAAGAGAGCUUGGCUUAUUGUUUUCUAAAGGAAGCAAAUGGAGAGCUGCAAUAGAAAAUCAGUCAAAACAAGGAAGGGGUGGGACAAAAUUUCCAAUGCAGGUAGAAGAUAUUAGAGAGGGAGUGCUGGUAUUUGAAGAUGAAAACGAGGCAGCAAAGUAUUGUGACUUAUUGCAAGGAGGUGGUCAAGGUUGCGAGGGUGUUGCUGAGAUAGAUGCCUCAUCGAUAUUUGAACUUUGCAAGAAAAUGAGGGCUCUUGCAGUUCUAUUCCGUAGAGGGAGGACACCUCCUGUACCCGAAAACCUCAAGCUCAACCUGCGAGCUCGAAAGCGGUCACUUGAAGACCAAGAUGAUUUGAUAUGA